AUGAAAAGAGUUUUAACUGCGGAGCGUAGAAGUGUGCUCAUGAAUAGAGACGAUGUUAGGGACCGCUACCUAAGUGCGCAGGUUGAAUACUCGAAAAAAUACUUCGCUUUACACCCAAAAGCAAGGGAAAACGCUAGCAGAUAUGUUUUCGAACCCACUAUCGAUUAUGAUGGGAAUGUGGAUGGAGUUGAUAUAUACAUUAUUGUUGGGGGUAAAAGACACUACGUUGGGGAUGAGAGUUACACGAGAGGUGAUGCUCCAGAACUGAAGGUCAAACAUACAAAGGCCGUUAGUGAUAUACUCAGCGCCGACCACUAUGUGAAAAUAAAACCAGAACUGAAGGCUAAACACACAAAGGUUGUUAGUGACACACUCAACACCGACCACCAUGUGGAAACAAAACAAGAACUGGAUAAAUGGCCCAAAAUCUGGGACUCCGGUGGCACAGUUCCACCGUUCACUAAUUUAAGAGAAACUAAGCAUGAAUGGGGUAUUCACCACUACCCUGUUUUCCAGAAAGCGGUUAAUCUUGGGUAUCCCCAGCAUAAUUUCAAGGUGUAUGUUUCUGAUACGGAUUACUUCUAUUCUAAAUUCAACCCUAUAAAACUUUACGAUUGGAAAAAUAAGGCAGUGCUUUAUGAGAACAAUAGAGGAACCGAUGAACUCCCCAGUGAUGUUGAAUCUGAUAUACGCAACGUCAGCAUGGACUAUGAGAAUGAACCGUAUUUUGCUCAGAUAUGCUCCGCAUACAUUGCGAUCUUCCUAUGUGGAAUAUCACUUGAUAACUUGAAAUGGGAUGAUAAUACUCCUAAGCAAAUUACAUCCAUCGUGUGGUACCAUCUCUAUUACACAAUGAAGAAAUUUAUAAAGAAUCCCUCCCUUAUGAAAGCCUAUGAUAUUAGUGGAAUGAAGGGACAUCUCCGUAUUAGCAUUCAGGCUUUCAAUGGAGCUUCACAUGGUGGUGGGACUUAUGUGAAAAUCGGUUGGGUAAACUAUUCUAAUUCCGACCAUAUGCACUUUAUACCGUACAAGUCAAAUGGUAUCACAGUGAUUGGAGUAAAGCUGCUUAUGGAUAGUGUGGAAAGUUAUGUUUAUUCUGUGUUGGGAGCUCAAGCUAAGACAAGGUGGAGUAUUGUUAGUAGUCAAUUAGGUAAGUCGCUCCAAACGCAACAGGUAUUUAGAAGAAUCGUUAACGACACUGUGGUGCAAACUAAUGUGAACGUUACCAUUAGCAAUAUGAGGACAACUAUAAGGGACACUAAUGUGAUACUUAAUAUGGCAAUCAAUCCUAACAUAAUACUUAUUCCCUCUAGGCUAAUAAUUCUUGA